AGCGUUCGGAGAGCUUGAAUGGCUGAGCUCAUGGCCCCGGCCAAACCCGCAUCCACUGCCACAUCGUUGGCCCUUGAUGGACAGCGCUCAGUCAUCCCCAAGCAAUGUAGAGCGGAAAAAGCAAAGGCGACAGACAGCAGUAUACCCAAAUAUUAAUUCGACAAACAAGGUCGAGAAACCGUUCUCGAAAAGCGCAGCAAAACGGGACAGCGUCCUUGCAUUAGGAAGCAUAGAGCACCUGCAGCACUAUUUCACCAAAACAGGUCUUUCUGCUUCCAAGAAACCUCUGAGCGGGAAAGGGCCCUUCGUGCCGGCACUGGGCCCUUUGGCGAUCCCGCAAGAUCAACCUUCUGUCCCAACUCUCAUUUUCGAUUUACCACCUUCUCCGGAACUCCCUAAGAGCACUGUAUCACAUGCCCCUCCAUCCGUGGAUCCGACACCCUUUAUCGACGUGGACGCGUUGAAAGCAACGGCCAUUCAGGAUCUUGAAGAUGUCCAGACCUGCUGGUCGUUGUCCCCCACAGGGUCAUCUGCACUAGGCUUACAAACAAUGAAAUUCCUCGACCCGUUUAGUCCCUCUGCGCCGUCAAACCACCUCAAUAUCCUCGACCUCCUGAAGGUCACCACGCGUGCCAUUCGAUCAGUUCGAAAUUACAUGCUAGCAUUACCUGAAGACGAUCCAUCACUUAAAUUCAGACCACACGUUGUAGACGCUUUCCGGAACCAGCCACACCAGAAAGUGAAAUACGCAUCAUUACGCGUAGUUUCACCCAAGAAAUCAACCAAAUCACUUCACCAUAUCACGACUCAAGCCCCACCCCCUCAGGUCCUCACAGUCCCCUUACCUCCAUCAACUCUCACCCUUAUCAGGAAAUCUGCUUUGGACGUCCUGGGUGCCCUUCGGGAUAUCGAAGAGCGAUGUCGUUUGCCAAUGUCAGAUGACCCGUUCGAGAUGACCGGUUCGGGUGUUGGAAAUCGAAGGAUAUCACAAAGUCCGACGCCAUUCCUUACCGAACGGACCGCGAGCCCAUCCACGCAUUCAGCUGACGACGACGUGAGCGAACUUGGAGGAGGGACGGCAGUUUCCUCGUCCACAUCGUGGUCUUCUCCACGUGGUGGACGGAGGGCCACCAAGUCACCCAGUCGCCCCGAUGUCGUGCCUUUAAUCGUUCAAGGUAGAAAUAAAGCAGUGCACGUAUGGGCUGAUCCGAGCGAUGAUGAAUGGGAGGAUGACGUCGAUGAGGAUUCCAAGCGGGACCCAUGGGAUGAGAGGCUUGUGCUAGGAGGUGGAUGGUUAUACCGGAACGACGUUGAUCUGGCCAGUUUAGGAAAGGAGAAGGAAAUCGUAAACCAAUACCUGGACGUCGUAGACGAGAUACUGUUCGGAGGCGCAAGCGGAGUGCCAGGCCAACGAGGCUGGGUCCGUGCCAAGAUAGAAAUUGCAAGUGGAAGCAAGUUGAACAAGAGAACUGGACGGCCCAGCUUCGGUGGGGUGGGAGGUUCUCCACGAAAAACCGACGAGAAGAGACUAGUUAGUCAUCGUCUGCUCCAUGCCAUGAACGACCUUGCCUCCGUCAAAGAGACUGAAGACACGGAUGAUGCGGCUAUAGAGGAGGAAGAGGAAGAGGAAGAGGAAAUACCGGACAAUGAGCUGCCUGACUGGGCAAAGCGGUCAAAAUUCCAUCACGAGCCUUUGAGUCGUCUUUUAAGUUUCCUCAUAUCCUACCUUCCACCAGACCUUCUUUCAUUCCUCCCCUUUCCACCCACCCCACCUUCCUCUCCCCCUGCUUCCCCGUCUUCCGCUCAUAGGAAGUUCCGAUCCAAGCUCCUUGAUGUUCUUUCUGAUGGUCAGAUCAUUUGUACAGCUUACAAUGGUGCAGUCAGAAAGAGUAAGAGGCCCUGGGGGUUCAUUCAGCUUGAGACGGUGCAUGACUUGUUGGAGCUGACGGAGGAUUCCGAUGUGGAGGAAGAGAAGGACCCCAUGAGCCUUGGAUCUGGCAUGCAGACUAAGGGCAAAACAACAUGGACGUUUAGAAGAACGGAAAAUCUCCGUUUUUGGGCUGCUGCCGUGGGUCUCAGGUACAUGAUACCAUUUACCGACUCGCCACUUGCUGAGGAUGGCUCAGCCAAACGUCUAAAGUUGCCUCGCACAUUCAUUGAUCCCAUACUAUCACCCCCCAUUUUCUUCGAUCCCAGAGUCCCAGCGAGACGGGAAGAAGGUUGGGAAGACAUGUUGGAACGUGCUCUUUUUCGAUGGUUGGAUGCUGUCCUUCUGGAGACCCGAUCUCCUUGAGCCCGUGACUAGAAUAAAAUCUCACCAGCUUGAUACCCCAUUCCUCUGCACUGCUCUUUGGCCUUCGUUUGAUUCAUGAUGAAAAUCUUAUAUUGCAUUUUUUGGAUAAUUAUGGUGCCCUUUUUUUUACAUUCACUUGAUUUUAUCCAAACGUACGUAUAGUGAUAAUAUUCCUGCAUUACCUUGGAGACUGCGGUAUGGUUGACUGAGGAGAGAAGUUCCAGAGCUUG